AUGAUCUCGUUCACCACUAGAAGCUGUUCAUUGAGGCUGUGCCAAAUUUUCACGAGGCCUGAGAUUUUUCUUUUUUGCAGUGAAAACUGGCAUUUCAUGGGUCAUUACGUUUUGACUGAAGGAAUAGCAUUCCUGGAGGAGGAGGAGGAGGAGGAGGAGGAGGAGGAGGAGGAGGCGGCGUUACUCUUCACUGCAAAACUACCGUCCCUCAAGUUCUCUUGUCCAAAGCACUGGUCAAGGGAGAAGGAGACGAUCCAUACUUUUCUGGACAUUACUUUAAAGGACUCGUUCCACAGUAAUAUGCACAAAGUGUGA